AUGGCGAUGGAGUAUGCAUCAGGUGGGUCAUUGGCUAGUGCGAUCGAGAGUAAGAAUAAUGGAGAUGGAUUGAGUGAGUGGGAAGUGAAGGCACACACUUGCUCCAUUCUUAAAGGGCUUGAGUUUAUUCAUGGAAAGGGUUUUGUGCAUUGUGAUUUGAAACCCGCAAACAUUCUACUGGUGGCUGAUGAUGAUGAUGAUAGUCCUUAUAGCGUCGAUGGUUUUGUGGCGAAGAUUGCUGAUUUUGGUCUGGCUAAGACUAGUAGUGUUAGGAGUAAUACUGGUGAUGAUGAGUGCAUGAGGAGGUCAAAGGUUGGAGGAACUCUGUAUUAUCUUUCUCCCGAAGCUUUAUUAGAAAAUACUCAAGAAGAGGCGAGUGAUAUUUGGGCAGUUGGGUGUGUGGUUUUGCAAAUGUUGACUGGACUAGUGCUGCCAUGGUAUGAUAACCCCACCGAAAAUCAGCUUUCCAGUAUAAUUAGUAUAGACACUCCGUGUAGUGGUUUACCUUCGGAUUGGCUUUCCAAGAAUGCUUGGGAUUUCUUGUUCAAGUGCUUUACUAGGAACCCUAAUAAUAGACCUUCUGCUCACAUGUUACUAAACCAUCCCUUUCUUCUCUCAGAAGAUGACCAAGAAAAUGAUCAACAAAUAAAUCACAAUGAUAUUGACGUUGAUGAAGAUCAUGCUAAUGAUGGUGAUAGUGAUGAUGAUGGUGAUAGUGAUGGUGAUGAUGAUGGUGAUGGUGAUGGUGAAGACUCUGAAGACGUCGACGAUGGUGAUGAUGAUGAAGAAGAAUACGAGGACGACGAUGAUGAUGAGCAGCCUCCCUUUUAUGAUUCUUGGUUUAGCAGUAGUCCCUGA